AUGGAUAAGGAAAUUUUUCGAUUUUACCUCAAAGUGCGUACUGCACUUAAUAUUCAACCAACAAUUAUUCAUGAUGAAUUACAUACUGUUUUCGACGAUGAAUCUCUUUCUUUUAGAACUGUUGCAAGAUGGUCUAAAUGGUUUCGUGAAGGCCGAGAAGAGAUUGAAGACGAGACACGACCUGGAAGACCUAUUACCGAGGCCACAUCUAAAAAUAUUGAACAAGUCCACAGCAUUAUCAAUGAUGAACCUUAUAUUACAGUGGAAGAACUGCAAGCACAAACGGAUCUCAGUCAUGGCACUAGUUAA